AUGUACUGGGGUGACGACGCAGUUGAUGAUAGCAUCGGCAAUUCUUACGCAGCUAUCAAGUUCGCCUGCCAUAAUGCCGCCGAUCCUAACCAAAAGGGCAUUAUGCGUAUUUAUAUCCAAACUCCUAUCGCCAUGAUGGAUGGGGAUAUUGUUGCGAUAAUGGAUCGUCAAGGGCUUCCAAGCCUCUUCCCGCCUAUUCUCAACUCGGUUUCCCAAGUUGAUCUCUAA